AAACGUCCCCACAAAGCGCGGUGCAAGACACUAGCAGCAGACGAAGUUGGAGGGUUGAAGAGUUUUGUGUGAAAGGGGUGCUUUCUUAUUCACGAAUAUGAACGUGUUUUUGUAAACAAGUAUUGGUAGUUGUAGCGAUUAGUACAGGAUCGAAGGAGUCCUAUAUGAGGAUCAGUGUUGAGAGCACUUAGGAAGCAUGAAUUUGACAGAUUAAGGAAAGUCGGUGGGCGUGUUAUCUUAUCAGCCACACUGAAACCCGUUUGUGGAAUAAAUUAUUCAGACGCAACACUUACUGCAUCUAUUACUAAUAGAUAACGUAACAAUUCUUUACGGCUAUAUAUUACAUUGACAUAGUUUGGAAAUGUUCUGAUUUGAAGUGCCUGCGUGUGUAAAACUAUUUACAGAUAUGAGAAUGAUGGAACAGUAGACCAGUGAGGUGACCAUGGGCAAGUUGUUGAGCCUUCUGGCUCGCGAUGAUUCCAAUUGCUGCUCUCCUCAGAAGUACGACGUGUUUCUGGACUUUGAAAGUUGCAAAAUCAUCUUGUUUGGGACAGACUGCUGUAUUUUUCAAGCCCUGGACAUUAGGUUAAUUGACACUGUUUAACUGAAUAGGUUAUACAGCAUCGAUUGAGAUGGGAAGAAAAUCAUGCAUGCAUUAGCAAGAAGCUGGAUUGUGUUACUGUCGUUAGAUGCCCAACCAACAGACGGGGAGCAGGAGACAUUUGAGGAAGUACAGCGUGUGCUGAGAAACUCAGAGCCAAUUCUGGAGGAGAUACAGUGCUACAAAGGAGCAGGGAGAGAGAUCCGAGAAGCAAUCUCCACUCCAACAGAGGAGUUCCAGAAGAAGGCUUGGCAGGCUGUGAUGCCGCUUGUCUCCAGGUUGAAGCGAUUUUAUGAAUUCUCUACUGAGCUAGAGGUGGUAGUUCCCAAAAUUCUGUUCCAGCUAUGUUCUGGACCCAUGACACCCACACAGCAUCUUGAAACUCAACAGGCCCUUGUUAAACAGUUUGCUGAGAUUCUUGAAUUUGUACUAAAAUUUGAUGAAUACAAGAUGAAGACACCAGCUAUUCAGAAUGACUUUAGCUACUAUAGACGCACCAUUACAAGGCAACGCAUGUCAAGCUACAAUGGUUUUGAACACCAUGACACAAGAGAAGUGACCAAUGAGCUGGCUAACCGCAUGUCCCUCUUCUAUGCACAUGCUACUCCAAUGCUGAAAGUUCUCAGUGAGGCCACAUCCAUGUUUGUCAAAGAGAAUUCAGACAUUCCAAUUGAAAAUACAACAGAGACUCUAAGUACAAUGGCCAAAGUUUGCUUGCGCAUGCUGGAGAGUCCAAACUUGAUUGCUCAGUUCCAGCGAGAGGAAACACAGCUAUUUGUACUUCGAGUUAUGGUUGGGUUGGUCAUCCUGUAUGAUCACGUUCAUCCACAAGGAGCAUUUGUUAAGGCUUCCAAUGUAGAUGUGAAGGGAUGUGUGAAGCUACUAAAGGAACAACCAGCUUCCAGAUCUGAAGGACUCCUGAAUGCAUUGAGGUAUACAACGAAACAUUUGAAUGAAGAAGCAACUCCAAAGAAUAUCAAGAACCUGCUGGCUGCAUGAGAGGGGUGUAUGUAGGUAGAACAAUUUGAUGUGGGCUUCAGAAGCCUUGGAUCACGUGACACAAAGUGUUUUAAUGUUGAGACACAUCACUGCCUUAGCGCACGUUUUGUACAGAUUAUACAAAAGUAGAAAAUUGGCAGUUGCAGCAACACAAUAUUAUAUUGGCCAUUUUUAACAAAAGUAGGCAGUGAGGAUAAAUGGAUAAACCACUAUGUUCCAUUAUAGCUGGCUCAGUUAUGAACAUGCCCAUUAUGUAAGCAUGUCUAGUAUAACAUUACCAGUCAUUUGUGAUGGUGUUUGUUCCUUGAUGGAUUUAUUGGUACAAUAUUUACAUCUAUGUCAUAAGAAAUGAAAAUAACAAAAAUAAUAUUCUUGUUGCUGCAUUUCCAUUUUGUCAUCUUUUGCUCACGGACAUGUAUACUGGCUUUAAAGCACUGUCAUAUCGUAACUUUAGAGAUAAAUAAUUUAUUUGAAAUCAGUUUGUUAACUUAAGGAUGCUCCAGUUCAUUGCCAUUGGAAUUCUGCAUGCAUUGCCUUAUGUGAGGCAUACAAAAGCUGUUGGUAUCUUGGAGUAGCAAAUAAGUGUUGAAAAAUGCAAUGAUGAAGUAAACAUAUUGUCAGAUAUAUGUACAGUUACACCAAAGAAAUUUAUGAAAUUUCACAUUUUAAGUUCUGUGUUGGACUCUUCAUAACAGUUUGGAAAUUAUAGCCUGUCUCAGUUGAAAAUUGCAAUUUUAGAAUUAAAUGAAAAAUUGAUAUUGUCCUGAAGCAUGUUAAAAUAAAAAUAACAUGAAGUUGAACCUUAGUCACUCCUUAGUUCAGAAAGUCACAUUCCAGUCUAACUUUGGACUGAAUCUGACAGUUUUAAAAUUUGGAUGAAAUAAACUGGACUUGAUGGGAUAAGUAAAAAUUAAUGACCUCAAAGGAUAAAAUCUUUACUGAUAUGUCUUGCAGUUCCAGUAGCUGUAAGAAUUAAAGAGUGAAGGUUAAACUGUGAUAAAGUUUACAGUUGGUAUUUAUCAGUGUAUACAAGUUCAGUAAAAGGAAAAUAUGAGUAUGUUUAGUCAGUUUAAGGAUAUCACAAAUGCAAAAAAUGGGAGAACAACAAAAUAUCUGACAAUGUCUAUCCACUUCUGCAUUCCUGUUGAAGUUUCAAGAAAUAAUUUUGGUUUACUGAUAAACCACCAGCUACAACUUUUUUGUGUAAACAUUAAAUGUUGAUUUUUGCUAUAAAUGUUUUGGUUUUCAUAGGCUAUCUUCAGGGGCCCUACACAUACCUUCAAUCAGGCAUGAAGUUCACAUAAAUUAUAAAUUAUUAAUCUAGUAUAGUAAUCAAUAAUUUAUGUAAGUGCCAUGGCCACUUGACGGUAUUGUGAAGUCCCUGAAGAUAGCAUAUUAUGGCCAAAACAUGUAUGGUGAUAAGCAGCAUUUAAUGUUUAUUUAACAAAGUUGUCGUAUCUCAUGGUUUAGUAACCUAGGGGGUCAGUAUAAAAAUGGAGAAAGUGUAGGAAGUAAAAUGUUUUGCAUUGUGAUACCAUCCCUUAUCAUUAAACAUGAAUUAAUGGAACAGAAAAGUUUCAUCUGAGCAUUAGCCAGGUCAGAUCCUGGCAGGCCUAUCAGUAUAUUCAUUAUUUGCUCAGUAAAGUCACUAGCAGGAAAAGGUAAAGGUUAAAUGUAAUAAAAUGAAAAUAAGGACAAGUUAACUAAAAUGAAGAAUAUCAGAAGAGAUCAACACAUAUCAAUAUAAAAGGUUCAUAAUAAACUCAUAAAUGAACAGUUAAUUUGUAAUGUGUAUGUAAUAUAAAGAUUGAUAUUUUGGGCUUCAGUAUUCAUAAAUUAUAUUUUACAAAUAUAAUAAAUUCUUCUUGGGCUAUCAGCCGUGUAAGGUGGCUUAAUGAGAACCGUCUUUGUCCUCAGGACAUGAAAGCUUCAGAUCAUAUAUUUUACAAAAUAACUAACAAAACUUUAUGACGGUUUAAGGAAAAUGACCAGAAUGGAAACAGAUUAAGAUGGGGACAGCAGUUUAGAAAAUAUUUUGCAGAUACUGAAGGAGGACUACUGUGAGAAAUUGAGGAGGAAGAGUUGUGGCAAGGCUGAGAUAGAUUGAGAGGUCCAUUCAAGAUGAAGAUGUCUUUCAAAGAAGAUUAACAACAUUAUGGUUAAUAUAAUUUAUUCCAUAGUUACACUCCAUCAGUCAACAGACCUGUGUUGUGAAAACUAGGCCAGUAUGAUUACGAGUACUAUUCGUACAAUAGUAUUUUAUAGUACAUGCAUAAUAUUCGUGCAUAUUUGAUUGCAUGUUGCUAUCAUGAGUAAGUUCUUGACCUUAAAUGAAAUUGGCCCUGCCCUAGGGAUGGAGAGCAAUGUGCUGGAGCAUCGUACAGUGUUACUGAGGUGUUACUGUUGAACCAGACAUUAUUUUGUAGCUGGUAUAACUAUAAUUGUAUGCUUUCUUAAUUUUCUAGAUUUUAUAUAAUAAUGGAUUGUUCUUUCAUCUAGAUUUUAUUUGCAAUUAGAAUGACAAUAUCGACUGUUUUUUGUUGCAAGACUAAGUCAUAAAUGAAUGAAAAGAAAGUAUCUUGUCACCUAAUAUUUUGAUGAAAUGUUGAACAUUUCAAUUUUAAAAUUUUGUAAUAUUUGUAGUUUUUAAACUAAAAAAGUGGAGAUAUUGCAGUGACAUAUCUGAUUAACAACAUGUUUUUGUAUGAGUGGUGAUUCUUUCAUUUCUGUAAUGAUGUGUAGAAGUGUACAACUAGACAUACAGUAAAGCCACUUCAGUGUAUUUCAGCCACCA